UGUAUGUCUGUGUGUGUGAGUGCACGUGUGAGGAUCUAGCUGGAGACUUCUUGUCAGAGGCAGAGGGCACCAUCAGGGCAGGAGGAGACAUGGCUUGGUGCUUCGUGCUGGGAUUCGUCCUGCUGCUGAGCUCUUCUUCCUUCGGAAACAGCACCACCGCCGCACCAGAUGUGUUCUGCGGAUCUGUGGAGGACUUCAAUGAAUGCAAAAACGCUUUGCAGUAUACAGGGUGUGUGGCCGACCGAGGGAAGUGUUCCUGUAAGGAUCACAAGCCCUUCUGCAGAUGCAACAACUACAGACAGGGAAGUGUCGACUACUGGUACCUGGGAACGGGCUGUGAGCAGGAGUGGAGCACCACCACCCUGAUCCUGGUGGCUACCCUGCCUGGCCUGUGCCUGGCGCUGCUGGUGGGACUGGCGGUCCAGUGCGUGUACUACUGGGGGCUGUGUGAGAGAGCCCCAAAGAGCCCAGAGGCAGAGGAGGAGAGGCAAAGCAAAGGACCCAGACUGUCCACGAGCCUCCCAGCCAGGCCCGUAGCCGUGAAUCCGUACUCCAAUCCCGCCUUCGACCCUGAGCCGGAACGUUCUCACUGGCAGCAUGGGCAGCCCUGGAGGGCGAGUAUCCAACGGCCACAGGCUACACACCUGCACCCCCCCCUUCCAGAUAAUCGGCCACCACUGGCCCCCAGGGGAGAGCUCCCGCCAGUUCGCGGCCAGGGCUGGCCAAGGAGCUACCUGUCCCACCGGACCCAGGACCGGACCCAAGACCAGGUUCCGACGCAGGGCCAGUUCUCCCAUCCUCAGUUUCCUAGUGGCGCACCUCCGGUCCGGAGGGACCCCCGGGAGAACCUGUCUGACGGAUCUGACGAGGACACGACCUACGAGUCCGCACUGCCCUCUCCCGGACACAGAGCAAUACCGAGAGGAGCUGUGCCUGUACUUCCUUACAGAAGUGCUGCCACACCUGCGUACCCCCAGUCAGACUACAACACACAGAUGCAGGUGCCCAGGCCCCAGAUCAGACAGCAGUAGGGUCCCCCAGAGAGAGGGGAGGUCGCUGCUUUUCGGCUUCUCCACGGUUGCACUAAGAUGCACUUUCCUUUCCAAAUCAGAAUGACAGGACAAGCUGAAGCCUUCAUGUUGGCAAGAGCUGUGGGCUGUGAUGGAAAACACACCGAUGACUCGUGAAAUUCGGAAGAUUUAUUUUCUGAUUCAGAGAGAGUUAACUCCCCACUUCCUAACACACACACACACAUAUUAGGUUUUCUGUCUUUGCGAGUGCUGGUGUGUGGCGUGCAGACUGGCGCACUCAGGCUGCCAUCCCAUUAUCCAGGUGGUGGCUGCACAUUGGUGGUGACAGUGGGAUUCCCAAUUACCUGUAAAACGCUUUGAGUGGAGUGUCGAGAAAAAAAGGGUUUUAUAACUGUAAGGAAUAAGUCGUAGUAGUAGUAGUAAGUCUAAUUUAUUAUAAGUUUUAGACAUUUAAUAUUGAGCAGUACACGCGUCUCCCGCCAAAUCCAUUACCAGACAGCUGUCUCUUCCCGGAGUGGGUGGGAGCCAUUCAGAGCCUUUCCCGGAAAAAUAGGGUGUGAGGGGGCACCCCCCCCACGCUGGAGGGGUGGCCAGUCCACACACGCACAAAAUGAACUUCUUUUUAACCUCAUCUUUUUAGAGCCACAUGUUUAACUAAGGGAUUAGUGUUCACUUAAACUAGAUUAACGCCGAGCAGCAAAUUCCAGACGUGUUAAGAAUGCAAAUUUGUUCUCAACGCACAAACCCGCCUAGACCCGACAUUUAAGUAAGUCGAACAAUUUCUUUCGAAGGCGGAGCUCUUUCUGGGAAGCUGUCCACGGCAAUACAAUUCCUUGCAUCUCCCGUUUCCUGGUCUUUAUGCCAUGUCAGAUGUAUUUAAUAAUACUGUACCUACUGUUUAGCCCUCAGCUGAAACUAAAAAAAAAAUGUUUGAUAUGUGGGAUAAUUUGUUGUCUUGUAUUGACAUUUCAUGUGUUGAAACUUUACAAUAAAUUGUGCAGUGCUUCUGUAGUAUGUCGCAAAGCCAAUUAAAGAGGAGUGAUUGAUUUUCA